AUGAGCAGAGCUUAUGUUUCUUCGACAACAACAAGCACCGCUAGCCCCGUCCACCAGCACGACCACGCCCCGCAACAACACUCACCCACCUCCGUCUAUUCGGCCGACUGCGCAAGCUCGCCGCCUGCCACGCCCUACAGCAUAUCGAGCCCCAUCGGCGCCCCCUUCUACCCCAAGCCGGAGGACUACGGCGGCUACCAGUUUGCCCGCCUCCCCCAGCGCCUGAGCGCCCGCAUGCCUCUCGAGAUCCUGCCGCGCGCGCAUUGGCUCAGUCGCGUGCGCUCAUGCCUGCGCCUGCUGAUCAUCGUCCUGAGCGGCGCCGUGGUCUUCAUGCUCAUGCACACGCUCGGCAUCUAUAGGGGGAACCGCUACCUGGAGCUGCGCAAGGGCGAGAUUCCCAUGGUCUGGCCUGCACACACGAAUCUUGCGGCCACGAUCAUUCUGACUGCCGUUGCCGGAGCCAAUUUCCUCGUCUCGGUCGCAAUUCUGUCGCUGAGCUUCAAGCGCUCGUUUCGCCGCCCCAUUCGUUCCAGGGACCUGUACCGCAUUUUGGCUGGGAGCUUUGGUGUCGUCCUAUGGGCUGCUGCGCUUGUCGUGUUCCACCUGCUUGAUAGGGCGAGCAAGGCCAGCCUGGGGCGGUACUCGUGCACGAACCAAAACGAAAUGACCAAUGGGCGGUACCAGUACCGCGCAGUCUGCGAGGAACAGAAUGUUGCAUUCUACACUGCGAUAGGCGCCGCCUCCGCCGAGUGCCUGACGCUCAUUACUCUCGCCGCCUCCGCAAUCAAGACGAUGCGCGAGGAAACCCCGCUCCCCACCAUCCAGAUCCACGAGAAGAAACACUCAAAUCACCUGAGCUCCGGCUGGAAGCCCAAAAGACCGAAGACGUGGAUACAAUAG